AUGGCCUGUCAACCAGACAAGCAGGCCCCUCUGGUGUGGAACUGCACUCUCGACACCUUCCUCGUCCAGAUUGGCUUCACAGUGGCAUCCAUGGACCUGUGCCUCUACGCCUUGCACAAUCACUGUGCUAGCAGUGAUGGUGACCAGGGACCCUAUGACCCAGAGCUUCACUGCACCUUCAUCCACUCCAGCUCCAGUGGCAGACCGCUCGUCAUCCUAUCCGUCUACGUUGACAAUCUCCUGAUUGUCAAACUGGCCAAAGUGUACUGA